AUGGCGUUAGUUGCAACAGACCUCUUCAUUGAAAAAUUUGUAAGCAUUCUUGAGAGCGAAGCAGCAUCCAUAGCGGGCGUUCGUGAUCAAGUUGAUGAGAUUAAGCAGGAGCUGGUGAUCAUGAAAUCCUUCUUAGAGGAUGCUGACGGAGGCAAGAAAGCACACACAGAAGUAGAGAAAGCGUGGGUCGCAAGCAUUCGAGACUUGGCCAAUGAUGUCGAAAACAUCAUUGAUGAAUUCAUGCAUCACAUGUACAAGCAACAAAGGGGCGGUCGAUGUCCAAAGUGGCUCCUCAAAACCAUUCACUUUCCAAAGAACCUUUGGUAUAUGGGCCAAAUAGCCAAGAAGUUACAGAAAAUUUCCGGAACGAUUAGAGCUAUUCCAGAGAGAAAUGAGAGAUAUGGUGGUGCUGCAGCCGUAGAAGGGAAAAGUACUUCUGAGGAUAUUCGCAGAUGGGUGCAGAACCAAGCGGAGUCUUCUCUUUACCAUAAGGAGAAUGAACUCGUCGGGAUUGAAGGCAAUAAGAAAAUGUUGAUGGGAUGGCUGAUGAACAAAGAGCAACAUCAAACUGUUGUCUCCGUGGUCGGGAUGGGAGGAUCAGGGAAGACAACUCUAGUUGCAAGGACUUUCACCAACGAGGUAGUCAAGAAACAUUUCGAAUGUUACGCCUGGAUUACUGUUUCCCAAUCUUAUGUGAUUGAAGACUUACUUAAAAGAUUGAUCAAAGAAUUCCACAAAGCAAGGAGGGAAGAGGUCUCUGCAGACAUGAAUGCCAUGUGCUAUAUCGAAUUGGUUGAGAUUUUGGUUAACUACUUGGCGAAUAAAAGGUACCUUGUUGUAUUGGAUGACGUGUGGGAUAUCCAUCUUUGGGAAAGAAUAAGGCUUUCAUUUCCAGAUAAACAACUUGGAAGUCGAGUCAUGCUUACAACUCGAAGAGAGGACAUAGGAUCGUAUUCUUUUGGAGUUGAAAGCCAUGUUCACAAGAUUCAACCGCUGGAAAGGAGAGAUGCUUGGGAGCUCUUCAGCAUGAAAGCAUUCUCAAGUUAUCAUAACAAAUCUUGUUCACCGGAACUUCUGCCAAUAGCUCAGGAACUUGUGGAAAAGUGUGAAGGUCUGCCUCUUGCAAACGUAGCCUUAAGUGGUCUCAUGUCUUCUAAGAAGUCACUUACUGAUUGGACCAAAGUCUACAAUAGCUUAAAUUGGCAUCUAACAAACAAUUCUUUGUUAGAACCUAUGAAGAGCAUCUUGUUGCUUAGUUUCAAGGAUUUGCCAUAUAGAUUGAAGCAAUGUUUUCUAUAUUGUUCCCUUUUCCCAGAAGAUGAGGUGAUCAUGAAUAGAAGGCUCAUUAGAUUGUGGAUCGCCGAAGGAUUUGUUGAACAUGUUAAAGGGGUAACACCAGAAGAAGUUGCAAACAACUAUGUUAUGGAACUCAUUUUUCGUAACAUGCUACAGGAAAGGUGUCGAGAAUACCAACCAGCAUGUAAGAUGCAUGACCUUAUGCGGGAGAUUGCUCUGUCUAUAGCAGAAAAAGAAAAGUUUUGUGUCGUUCUUGAUGGGAGUGAAACAAUGGAAGAAACCGGGGCCCUCCGUUUGUCAAUUCAAACAACUAUUGGAGAAAUUGGACCACGCACAUGUAUGUCACACCUUCGUUCUUUUUUUGUCUUUGCCACUAGCGUAUCCUCAUUCUCUUUCUCAAAGAAAUUGCCUUUUGACUCUACAUUGUUGAGGGUUCUAGAUUUAGAGGGUGUCCCAAUUGAUCGUCUGCCAGAAGAACUAACGUACUUGUUUAAUUUAAAAUAUUUGAAUUUGAGAAACACUCGAAUUAAGGAGCUUCCAGAAUCCAUAAGACGGCUCCGCAACCUUCAUACCUUGGACCUCUUUGGGACAGAUAUAGAGGCACUUCCAAUAGGGAUUUCCAAAUUGAUAAACCUGCGCCAUCUUAUUAUGUGCCAUUCCAAAAGCGGUUCAAAGUUAGUUGGGGUAAAAUUACCAUCAAGUAUUAGUAAGAUGAAGAAAUUGCAGUCUUUGGGAUGUAUUGAAUCAGAAGGAAAUAUUAUUAGACUUAUUGGAAAUAUGACCCAGCUUUCGAUCCUUGGCAUUACAAAUGUCAAGGUAAGUGACGAGAAGGACCUAUGUGCUUCCAUUCAAGAGAUGAAGGUCCUUUCCCACUUGUAUUUAUCAGUAGGAGAUGGAGAGGAAUUUCUUCAAGUUGAUGCAUUGUCUUCACCGUCAUUCUACCUUGAUAGACUUGACUUGAUAGGCAAACUGGAAAAAGUACCACAUUGGUUUUGUUCACUCCAGUGUCUCACAUGUUUGCAUCUGUGUGGGUCUGGACUUGAAGAAGAUUUACUACCUCAUAUUGAAGCAUUGCCCUCUCUACUUUCGCUUUGCCUUAAUGAUUCCUAUGUUGGGAAAGAGUUGUGUUUCAGUAGAGGCUUUGUCAAGCUUAGGUAUUUGGAAUUGAGGAAUCUCUCAUUAUUAAACAAGAUGACUAUAGAAAAAGGGGUGAUGCCAAAUCUGGAGUUCUUCGGCAUUUAUAGGUUCUUGGGAUUAGAUACAUUGCCACAGGGUAUUGAGCACCUUACGAAACUACAAGGAUACACAUUUGAAUGUGUUUCAGGGAAAUUUGCAGAGUCCAUUCGAGAAGGAGGUGUGGAUCAUGCAAGGAUGCUACUCAUCGAAGAGAGAUGUAACAAAUAUACGUAA